AUGUUGGGAUUCAAACAUCUCGCUUUGCGAGAAUCGUUCAACUUGAGGCUCACCUUGACGGCCUUCCUCAUUGCCGUUUCCCAGUUCAAUUUUGGAUUUGACCAACAAGGAUUCGCCUCGACCCAAUCCAUGAAUGCGUUCGACAAGCAAUUUGGCCGGUACAACGCAAAGAAGCACACCUACGAACUACCUACGGUGUGGCUGUCAUACUUUAACGGCUUCAACUACAUCACCUUUGGUUUCGGCAUCAUCUUGGGCAGCUGGGUCAGCAAGCAUUUUGGUAGAAGAAUGUGCAUGUUCACCAUGAGCCUUUGGGCACUCGUAUCUGCCACGGUCGUCAUCACAUCUACCACACCAGACCAGAUGCUGGCUGGGAGAAUUCUUAACUAUGUCUACAUUGGUAUGGAACUCGCAGUCGUUCCUGUCUAUCAAUCAGAGAUUGCCCCGGCGCGAGCACGCGGGUUUCUCGUUGGAACAUACCAGUUGAGUUUGACCAUUGGAGGUCUCGUCGUCAACUCCGUCGCACGAGGGACAGGAAGCAUGAAGAGUAAUUCUGCAUGGAGAAUUCCAUUCGGCUUGUUCUACAUUAUUCCCGCAAUUGUCGCCUCCCUGAUCUGGUUCGUGCCAGAGUCUCCUCGCUGGUUGGCCAUGAAAGACCGUCCCGAAGCUGCGUUGGAAUCCCUCCGCAAGCUGCGAGAGGGCAAAUUCACCGAGGAUGAAAUCAAAGCCGAGUUUCAAGUCAUCAUUGCAGGACUUCAGCUCCAACAUGAAAAGGGAACUUUUUUCGACAUGUGGAAAGGGGUGAACCUCAAGCGCUCCCUGGUUGUCAUUACAGCGAAUUUCUUCCUACAAUCGACCGGUCAGAUUUUUGCCUCGAUCUACGGUGCAUUAUUCGUCAAAUCCCUCGGCACCGUCAACCAAUUUACCAUCACGGUCAUUACAGCAUGCAUCAACACGGUCGUCUGCCUGAUCUCGAUGGCUCUCGUGGACAAGGUCGGUCGGCGCGUGCUUCUCCUGGUCGGAGGCACGGUGCAGUGCGCCGCCCUGUUGACGAUGGGUGGACUGGGCACGGUGAAAGAUCCAAGCAGAGGUAUCAAAUCGGGCAUAAUUGCCAUGCAAGUGGUUUACAUCACCGGAUAUUUUGUCGGCUGGGCAUCAAUCGUGCACACUCUCAGCGCAGAGCUUCCCAGUGUCAAACUGCGAGACAUGACCUACCGGACGGCUUCCACCGUGAACGUCGCGACACAAUUCGCCGUCUCGUUCUCUCUUCCAUACCUUCUCAACGCGCCCUAUGCCAAUCUGGGCUCCAAAGUCGGCUUCAUCUUUGGCUCCAUGGCCUUCUUGUCUCUGGUGUUUGCAUACUGGUGCGUGCCCGAGGUCAAGGGUCGCAGCUUGGAAGAGGUGGAUCGCCUUUUCGAGUUGGGCAUUCCGUUGCGCCAGUUUGGCACAGCCCACGUGGACUUGGAAACCAGCGUGGCACUCGGGAAGCUUGACCAGAACAAAAGUGGCGUUGCGGUUCACGUUGAACACGACAAGGGGCAGACCACGGCGGCAUGA